CUGAUGCUGAAAAGUAAACACACACUCUCUCCCCCUCCUCUCUUCUCCUGGGAGGAGAGCUGAAAGUUGAGGUGGGAGGGGAGAGGGUCUCCUGUCUGAUCCUUUGUCAUGGGAAGACUUUACUCUGCUGCUUCAUACAGAGGGAGUGAGAUAGAGAGGAGGACUUCAGCUUCAGCUGCGAAAGAAAGAAAACCCAACUCAGGCUCAACUAUGUGAAUGGGACAGAGAUCAAAGGUUCAAAGGGAACAAAGCACAUAGGGCCCAGCUGAAUCCUGAAGCCUCAGACUGAAUCACAGAAAGGAGGUCAGUGUGAUGAACAGCAUGCUUCCUCAGAGGAGCGCUGUCGCCACACUGGGCUAUGGCUCAGACUGUGUGAAGAUAGACCACAGCAGCAGUGGCUCAGUUGGUGGGACAAUACUGAGGGGCUCUCGCUCAAAGGCAGAGCUACAGGAUCUGAUGGAGACGCUACAGCGCAGGAAGAGCGCUCUGGAGGCCAGCUUGAGGGCAGCUGAGUGCAGCCGUAAGUACCUCAGCGUGCCCCCACCUGUUGGAUCCCAGUCCACGAGGCCGCUGUCAAUCCUCAGCAAUACUGAUCGGCCUCCAUCUGCCUCCAGAACUUUUUCCUACAUGACCAGCAGCAGCGUGCCUCCAUCACCUCGCCAAGGUGAACGCCAGCUGAGCUCUAACGGCUUGCUCCGUCAUUCCCACUCUCGCCACCAGUCACAAGACAGCCUGCUCCUCUCUAACGCAGCAGAGGGAAGCUCUCUGCUCUCCUCUUAUGGACCUCGUUCUCCCAGGGUGAAAAGUGGAGCAGCCAGUGUGCCGUCCAGCCCUCGUAUGGGCCGCCGGCUCUACUCUCAGGGCAAAGCUGGAGGAGACUCUCGGCAAAGGAAGUACUCCACCGGCUCCCUCAACAGCCUGGGGUUGCAUAGCCGUUCUUUGCCACGGCUUCACAACGUGGCAGACCCCCCUGCUCUGUCUUUACCAUUACGACAUGCAGUGGGUUCCCACAGAGGAGUGGGCUCAGCAGGGCAGCGGCGCAGUCUCUCCUCCCUGGAGCAGCCGCCAGAUGUGACAGUACCAGCCAGCAUGCCUAGCACUCCCAGGAGGGCCAGCCUGGCCUCUCUGAGCUCUCUUGGUAUAGAUAUGGACGAUCUGGGCUUUGGGGAGAGGAGGUUGUCCUUUGGGAAGGGUGGAUUGAGUCCAGGGCAAAGGGUGGGCAGCAUCACCUCUUUGAAUGGCAAAGAGGAGCUGAGAGACUAUCACCAGCACCAGAGAGAUGAACGACUCAGGGAGCAGAAAGUGCAGAGAUUGGAGUGCCAGCGUCUAGAGACCAUCUUAAACCUGUGCACUGAGUUUGGCCAGGUGGAGAGAGAGCCGGCGGGCUCAGCUGUGUCUGACCUGCAGAAGAUCAACAAGGAGCUGGAGAAGCUGCAGGUGUCUGACGAUGAGUCGGUGUUCUCGGACUCUCCCAGCAGCACUGCUCCAGAGAACUGCUUCGGUGCCAAAGCCAGAGACUUCCAGCUUACAGAGGAGCAGCAGGUCAGCCAGCGUCAGCAGAGCGGCUACAGAGAGGCCAGGUCCCACUCACCUGCUAUCAGCCUGAACAGCAGUGCCCCCUCACCAUCCACCCACCACAGAGCCAAAGCCUUGGAGAGCGUGCAGCUGAAACAGGAAGUAACGCAUAUAGAGGAAGAGAGGAUUCAAGUUUUGAACAACAUAGAGGAGCUGGAGCAGAAGAUCAAAGACCUGGACAACCAGAUGGAGGAGUCUGUCCGAGAGAUGGAGGUGGAGUGCGCUCUGCUGGAGGGGGAGCAGGAGUCGGAGGUGGCCCAGCUGCAAAGGGAAAAGGAGCUUUUGGAAAAACUCAAGGAAAAGAUUCACAGUGUUGAGAAGACGAGCCACACUGAGAAGUCACAGCAGGAAGUUGAAGAGCAGACAAAAAGUUUGGAGGAUUUGGAGUUUCAGAAGCUGGAGAGAGAAAUUAAUCAGGACGAGGAAAAAGAAAGUCAGAGCCAAGAGCUGCUGCGAGAGAUCUCCGAGUGUCAGCGCCUUACAGUCACACGCAAGGAACGAAUCAUGACGCUGAAGAAACAGUCCUCACAGAUUACCUUACAGGCUCAGCAUGAGAGGGAGAAUUUCCAGAGAGAGAAAAACAAUUUGCUCGUCAUGCUUCAGAAGGAGAGAGAGAAACUGGUGUCUUUGGAAGGAAAGUAUGCAGAGUUAUCCGAGGGGCAGACCUUCACUAACAACCCUGUAGCCAUUAAAGAGCACUUGCACUCUCUGAAGGAAAGGAGAAGAAGUGGCAAAGAAAACUCUUCCCACCCGAGUGACAGCCUACCUCAUAAGAGGAGCCAGCAGCUCCUCACCUCUUACGGCAGAUCCCUGGGACGCACACUUCCUCCCAAGGCCCACUUGCCUCUGUCCCAAAGCUCCAGCUGUGGCAGCGUUAUCCCACAAGGCUUCAGCUUCUCCCCCAGGGACCUGAGUACCCGCCGCCUGCCUAAAACAGGCAACAGCCAUGCACACAUGAAUGAAGACAGGCAGAGAAGAAGUGAUUUUUGCAGCAGGAUGGUCUCCGAGCCCAGCGUGUUCUUGGACUCCUUCUACCCGGACAACAGCCAGGCCUCUGAUACUGUCAGCGUGGACAGCUCUGACAGCCUGGAGACGAGCUUCUCUGCCUGCUCCCCUGACAAUAUCUCCAGUGCCAGUACGUCUAAUAUGGCGAAGAUUGAGGAGAUGGAGCGAUUACUCCGAGAGGCCCAGGCUGAGAAGCAUAGGCUCCUCGAGCAUCGGGAGCGUGAGAUGGAGAUGCGCAGGCAUGCUCUAGAAGAGGAGCGAAGAAGAAGGGAGGAACUGGAGAAACGACUGCAGGAGGAGACGAGCAGGAGACAGAAACUUGUAGAGCGAGAGGUGAAGCUCAGGGAGAAACAGAGAUCACAGUCCCGGCUGUUGACUCGCUACUUCCCUGUAAGAAAAGACGACUUUGAUCUUCACGGCCAUAUCGAGGCAGCUGGACACAACCCAGAUGCCUGCUUUCAUCUGGCCAUCACUGAUAAAACCUGCCGAGGCUUUCUGGUCAAAAUGGGUGGCAAGAUCAAGACAUGGAAGAAACGCUGGUUUGUCUUUGACCAGAAUCGCAGGACGCUCACCUACUAUGCAGACAAACAUGAGACCAAGAUGAAAGGAGUCAUUUACUUCCAAGCCAUAGAGGAGGUGUAUUAUGACCAUUUAAAGAACGCACACAAAAGCCCCAACCCCUCACUGACAUUCAGUCUGAAGACCCACGAUCGGGUGUACUAUAUGGUCGCUCCGUCGCCUGAAGCCAUGCGUAUUUGGAUGGAUGUUAUGGUCACGGGUGCUGAAGGACACAUGCAUUUUAUGGUGUAACUGAUCCCAACAGAUCAGUAUCCACACCACUAAAGUUCAUUGGUAAGCGUCGUGUCACAUGGGAAGGUUGCGGUACUCUCCUUGUAUCAACGUUGUGCAGAGCUGAGAUUGAUGUUCAUCAGGUCAACAAAAAAAGAACUUCUGUUUACACUUGUAUUAUCUGUAGCCUACAAGACAUGCUCAAAAGCACACUUUAUAAUGUAAUCAUGUAUAACAGAGCAAAAGAAUGGAUAUACAGGUUUUAUAAUUAAGCUAUUUAGUUUUUGUUGUUGUUGUUUAUGUAGCGCAUCACUAAAUCUCGCACCAGUUUAGUAGUUACAUUCUCCAACCUCAGAUUUCCUUAAACAAAACCUCUGUUUGUCUUAAACUCUCCUUGUUAUGUUUGGCUUCUUUUCAAUUAAAACGUGAUCAGGGAACAUUCUAAAUCAGGGAUACACAACUUGUGGUCCAUUUGUGCAUAAAAAAGCAUCAGAAUAGAGCUUGUUUAUAAAAAGUAGUGCCAGGGAGGAUCCGACAUACGUCUGGGCCAAGCCCCGAAUGUCCUCAAAUCCUAGAAACAUGCCCACGUACAACAAACAUCACAAGGUUGAAAAAAGGUAUUUCAUCUAUUAUAUAUACUGAUAAAUAUUAUUGAUGUUUGUUAAUUAACUGGCCCCUGGCCUCCUGACAUUUUGCAAGAGUGGCCCCUGAGCAAAACAAAUUGAGUAUCCCCGAUCUAAAUGAUCAGAAACACAACACCUGCUCCACCUCUAAACUGUGGUACAUACUGGUGCUGCUCGUCUAUAGCAGAUGCAUAUCUGCCAAACAGCUUUCUAUAACCUAGCGUUUAGUCAUACAUGUAUCCGUCAUGUUCCAUGUUGAAGUUAUACGUUCACCUUCUCUCUUGUCUUCUGGUUGGACGUCAGGUUGUAUCAGUGAGUCACCACUUCUUUGUUCUUUCUCCAAACAAGAUCAUACUGUCUGUGUUUGUGUUUGCAAGAAUGCACAUUUUUACUUCAACUCAGAUUUAUUAUUUCUAUAUUGUCACUAAUAUUCAAAUGUCAUGAGUGUGAGUAUUACUUUACAUUUUUCAACUCAAGCAUUUUAUUGCUGCUGCCAGACUACAAGCAUAAGCUGGUCUUGUCUUGCUCAUUUGAAGCAGGGCUGAAUGUCCACCAUUACUAUUACUUCAAACCAUGUCUCUUUGCAUCACUUUCACUCCAGUGAGUCUUAAUGUCACAUUAUGCAAACUUUAUUCAUGAAGAAGAGGUUAUUUCAGGCACUUUUGUAGGUUUUAUUGUUAUGAAUUAUUAGAAAUUGUUGGCAAUAUUGUAUUCAUAAAAGUAUAAAAUGCUCCCAAAUUACAAUGAUACUGUGGUACAUGCCUGCCGCUGUGCAGCUAGCUCCCUCUGUCCAUAGUAGAGGCUGCAGGCCUGAUGUGAUGUGUUACAUUUGAGGCCAUGUUGUGCAGCAGUGAUGCUGUUUUGUACUGCGUCACCCACGUUACUAAAGCAUUUCAGUUUGCGUUUACACCAGCAGAGGUCCUCAGUGCAGAGUUAUUGCACUGAAUGAUGUAAUGCCCAUGGUUAGUAGACCCAUGCUCAUCAAUGAGCCAUAUUUUCUAACUCGUAUAUAUCAUAUAUGUGCAUUUAUCAGCACAUGCAUAUCAAGCUGAAGAUUUGCUCUUUGGAAGCAAAGCAGAAAUCAUGUUCAGGAUCUUGAACACAAAAUGAUUUUUUUUAAUAAUUUUCUUUUAAAUGUUUUAUAAACUCCAUAUGUUUGAUCUGUAUAUUCUUUGACUAUUUGUAGCAGUCUGACUGAUAAUGAAAGAUCUCUUUAACAGCAAGUGACCAGCAGCUGUUGGUUUACAAACUACAGAGUGCAGAGGAGGCUGCAGGGCUGACAGUGUUGCAGAUGAGGUGUUGCCUUUCCUGGAUGCUCCUCAGUGAACGGAGGUAUCUGUCCUGUUGACACCUCAUCCACAAACUGUCCUCCGCUGUGAGAGACACAGGCCUUGAAACCAAACAAAUAACUGCAUUUAUAUAUAUUUUUAAUAAAUUUUAUAUUUUGUGUAUGAAAAAUGGUAAUUUUAGUCGACUCUAUGCUACAUUUUUUAUGAUUGGCAUUUGUCAUGUUUCAAUAUGAAUA